AUGGGGUGGUUUGACGGCUGGUUCGGCUCCAGCGCGCCCGCGUCCGACGACCCGCUCAAGUCCCUCGACCCGAAGCUCCGCGAGUUCCUCGAGCGCGAAUCCCCAGUCAAGAUCCAGCAGCAGCAACAACAGCAAGCCCAAGACGCCCAGGACAAGGCUGGCCGGGCCGCAGAGGCCGUAGCGACGGCGGCGGCGCACGCAUACGCACAGUCACAGCAGCAGCAAGAGGAUGCCGCGGUAGCAGGGGACCCAUCGGCGGACCGGCCAAAGGUGCCCAAGGAGAGCCUGUUCCAGGACGGGCGGUAUGCUCACCUGUGGAAGACGUACCGCCCUUACUCGGAGAUCGAGGCCGAGACCAAGACGGACCACGAGAAGCUCAUGGACGUGCUGGACGGCUACAAGCAGCGGAAACACAACAUCGGCAAGGCAGCGCUCGAGAACUGCGCGAUCCAGCAGGAGGAGUGGGUGAACUGCAUGAAGAGCGGCGAAUGGGAGGACCGGCUACAGAUGUGUAGACAUCAGGUGCAAAAGUUCGAGAGGUGUUAUACGAUGCAGACGAGAUUCCUCAAGGCCCUAGGCUACCAAUCCGUCUACAACAGACCAGCGCAGGUGGAGGAAGACAUCCAGAUGCACGCGGAUCAGCUCUAUGCGCGCAUGUUCGAGCAAGAAAAGGCCAUCGAGGCAGCCAAGAAGGAGGGCCUCCCCGCGCCCAAGUUCGACCUCGCGAUACCCACGAUGCCCGCGGGCGCAGACCCCGCCGUCCCCGAGGUGAAGCCAAGACCGGACCUGGAGAAGUCGUGGAAGGAAAAGCUAGAGCAGCUGCCCGAGGCGGAGCGCGCGGCCGAGGAGGCGGCGCUGCGGGCGGACCUGCAGGCCAAGGCCGAUGUGGCCAAGAACGUGCAGAAGCUGUGGGACGAGCAGGAGAAGGAGAAGGAGAGGCGCAAAGCGGAGGGCAAAGCUACGAUUGUGGAUCGUAUCGCCGGGGCUUUUGGCGGUGGGAAGUGA